AGUAAACGCCAUUUUUGGAUGAUGAUGUGCUAGUCAGCAGAUCCUGGCUGCUGGUUAAAACGCAGUUACGCUUGCUGGUGUGGAAAAUGAGUUUAUAGAAUUCGCUUUAAGAUCAGAUUAAAACAGACAUGGAUCAGUUUAAGAGGACAGGCGUGCUUGCACUUGGAACAUGCUGCCUUGUUGUCGUUUUAUUACUUGUUCGAAUUGACAGCGCCAGUGUUGAAGGAAAGACAGCGGGCGACAGAUCUGUAGGAAACGCAGCAGCACAAAAUGACACACUCACAACAACAGUGGCAACACCUUGCACAAACAGUUCAGGUGAAAAUAACACCUGUAACAGUACGACGACCAAUGACACAGAACAAGUAUCGACGGGGUAUAUUUGGAAAAAAAUAAAUGAAAAUCGAGCCAUGUUGCAGAGGGCCUUUUACGUGCUGCUGGGGGUGACAUUCAUAGUCAUUGUCUAUUUUGGAAUUAAGUAUAUCAGGGUUAGAAAAGCAAAAAAUAAAUCCAGGAAGUACGGUGUUCUGGCGACAUCAGACAACAUGGAAAUGAGGCCUUUGGAACAAAGCGAUGAAGAGGAUGACAACACUUUGUUUGAAAUGCGCAGCAAUAAGAGGUAGACUUGAUGCAGUCAUCAAGGUUGAGGAAGUAUAAGAGAGGGCAGACAGCGCCACCAUUACCACAUACCCACAGAGGUUGGGUGAAGGAUUCUACAGGAGUGCUCACGUUUUGUUAUGUUUCAAGUUGUUAUUGGCGAUAAGCCUCGGUUUCUAUCUUCAUUAAAUCAUUGCCCAUCAUUGCACCUAGUUAGCUGUAGGUAUCUGUUCCUACAGCUAACUUUCCUG